AUGAGACCAACCUUGCUUCAAGGACAUGAGCGGGCUCUUACCCAGAUCAAAUACAAUAGAGAUGGUGACAUCAUCUUUUCGACUGCGAAGGAUCAGCACAUCUGCGCCUGGUUCGCACACAACGGCGAGCGCCUCGGAACAUAUCACGGCCACCAGGGAGCACUCUGGACUGUUGAUGUUGACCCAACCAGCACGGUCAUCGCAAGUGGUGCUGCCGACAACACAGUCCGGUUAUGGGACAUCCGAUCGGGAAAGUGUCUGAAGGUCUGGAACUUUGACACCGCUGUUAAGAGAGUUGAGUUCAACGAGGACGGCACACAACUAUUGGCUGUUACGGAAAAGCGCAUGGGUUUCUUGGGCACGAUCGUUGUUCUGGAUAUUAAGGUCGACAUUGAGGCUGAGCAGUCUGAUGAGAAGGCUAUGGUAAUUACUUGUGAGGAGAGUAAGGCUACCGUUGCAGGAUGGAGCUACCUCUCGAAGUACAUUAUUGCGGGACACGAGGAUGGAUCAGUCUCGCAAUAUGAUGCUAAGUCCGGAGAGCAACUUGACAACAUUCAAGUCCACGAAAUCGAUUUGCAAGUAACCGACCUCCAAUGGUCACCAGACCGCACAUACUUCAUCACCGCCUCAAAAGACAAGACUGCAAAGCUCAUCAAUGCCGCCGACCUCCAAGUUAUGAAGACCUACGUAGCCGACACCCCUCUCAACAGUGCCUCAAUCACACCCAACAAGGAUUUCGUUAUCCUUGGAGGAGGACAGGCCGCUAUGGAUGUUACCACCACCAACACCAGACAGGGUAAAUUCGAAGCGCGUUUCUACCACAAGGUUUUCGAGGAGGAGAUCGGCAGAGUCCGCGGCCAUUUCGGACCUUUGAACACCGUUGCAGCCGACCCUACCGGAAAGGGCUACGCAAGCGGCGGUGAAGACGGCUACGUCCGCGUACACCAGUUCGACAAGGCCUACUUCGACUUCACAUACGAAGUUGAGAGGCAAGCUCGGGCAGCUGGACAGUUGUAA